AUGAUUAGAUUUAAUAGAACAGGGUGCCGUCUUUUCUCAACAACGGCCCGUCUGUUUGCCGAGGCGCCUCAGCCAAAGAAAGAGCUUCCGCGGCUGUCUAUGGAGGAGUAUAAGGCGCUGCGCGAUCAGUACUACAAUGCUAAAAAUAAACAGAGAGGCCGAACUGCGACCAACUAUUCACUUUCGCUCUUUCUCGGCUUCUUGACCCUCUCCUUUGCCUCUGUGCCUCUGUAUCGAGUUGUCUGUCAAAAGACUGGCUGGGGUGGGACUCCAAUGACCGACUCCUCCAAAAUUACCCCCGACAAGUUAGUCCCCGUGGAUACUGAUCGGAAAAUAAGAGUCUCGUUCACAGCAGAGACCUCUCGGUUGUUGCCGUGGAAAUUUGUUCCUCAACAGAGAGAGGUGUACUUAGUUCCUGGAGAGACCGCGCUAGCUUUCUACAAGGCGAAAAACACAUCAGAUAAGGAUAUUACUGGUAUGGCAACUUACAGUGUCACACCAGACCAUAUUGCCCCAUAUUUCAACAAAAUCCAAUGUUUCUGUUUCGAGGAGCAGAGAUUAAAUGCCGGGGAGGAGGUGGACAUGCCGCUGUUCUUCUUUAUCGACCCUGAGUACUCGCAGGAUCCGUCCAUGAGAAACGUGGAGGAUGUUGUUCUGCACUAUACAUUUUUCAAAGCUACCCACGAUGCAUCCCAUGAGCAAAUUCUAGCCGAAGCUCAAAAAAAGAGAGAAGAAGAGCAAAAUGAGUCCCAUAAAGAUUGA